AUGUUUGGAUUGUCGCCGUGGAAAAUGGAAACAUCCGGAUUGUUCCGACAAAAGCCGGUCAACAAAAGUCGAAUUUUAAAAUUAACUUUCUCUUCCGCUGGAACAUUUUAUAACAUUGUGUUUUUUAUUGCUAUAUCUUCAUUGUCCAUUUACAUUGCUUUUAAUAAUUCGACAAGCCUCUACGAUUCAGCAUCAACAGUCUCUUCAAUAUCGAAACACAUUCAAUUGAUUGUUAUAGUAAUUACAAGUUUAAUUGUACUUAUUUAUCUUAUUAGACAAAAAUUGCUAAUUACUGCAAAUAAUCGAUUCAAAAUUGUGGAUAAAAAAUUGAAUAAUUGUGCAGAUUAUACAUUUAAAAUCAAUAGCAGAGACUGUUUGAUAUUCGGGUUCAAUUUUGUAAUUACGGCGUGCCUUUUGGUCAUACGAAUAACGACAUAUUUGACAGUAAAAAUAAUAGUUUCAAAUAGUAUAGCUUAUACGGUUGCGAGUUUGAUGAUAGUACAAUAUGCGGCGUAUCUGAAAAUGAUAAAAGAGAGACUGAAAGGAAUCAAUGCUGUUAUUUUAAAACUAGGUACUUUCAAAAGCAAAAUAUAUCAUUCAAAUGAAUUGACUCGUGCCGAUAUUGGGACGAUUAAAGUUGUUUACUUGAAAUUGGGUGAGAUAUGCCAAGAUAUUGGAAACUUUUAUGGACUGCCGAUAUUAAUGGUCAUUUUCUUGUUAUGUGCGAAAAAUACAUUCGUGCUUUAUAACAUAAUUUUGGCGACACUUGAUCCAAACAAUAGUCAUGAUCGAAUAUGGGAAGAUGGACUGUUUACAAUGCAGAAUAUUUUCUUAAUCAUGUUGUUGGUUAGCGAAGUUACAGAAGUUAUGAAACAGAAUAUCAAAGUCUACAAAAUUAUAAACCAACUCAAAGAUCGGUAUUUGAUGGAUGAAGAAAUGAAACGAGAACUAGUACUGUUUGUAAAUCAUCUUCUUCAUAUACGGAUCAAAUUCACUGCUUGUGAUAUUGUACCGCUAGAUCGAAGUCUUCUGGCUAUUAUCACUGGUACUAUUGCAACGUAUCUCAUUAUUAUUGUACAAUUCAACAUUAGCCAGCUUCCACAGUAG